UAAUUUUAUUAACAAUGAAAGAUUACGCGGAGUGUGUAUUCAUCUCCCUGGUAGAGAUGCGCACAGCACUCUUGCAUCGUGCUGCGCCGGAGCGCGUGGUAAGCAUCAUCAGCGACUUUCACUUUACCUGGUCGCAGGCCGUCCAAGACACCGAGAGCUUCAAACGGCAAAUCAAAGAUACGCCGCGAGACAGCAUAAUUACCAAAGCAGUUGAUUUUACUGUAGAGUGUGCUAUAAAAAGAAAAGAAUAUUUUCAACAGUAUAUUAACAGUUUAAAGGACACGAUGACAUUACAAGAACAUGAUCUAAUCGGAAUGGAUUUAAAAACAAUAACAGACAUGAACAUAAAUCUUCAAAGUGCGUUGCGUGAAAAGCAACAGACAAUGAGGAAUAUUGUAGACUCGAAUGAGUAUUAUCACAAGGUACUCGAUGAAACAGAAGAGCUUAUGAAUUGGUUGGACGUACUGAACGACAACCUUGCCAUUCAAUUCAGCAGAUUCGUCGGAGUUAGGUUUCCGUCGUCACUUGCGACCGAUCUUUCCAAAACACUGCAACAAAUUAUAGAAGAAGUUGCCGGAUCAUCAAACCAAGAGAUGAUGCAAUUAAAAAGUAAAAGCAUGUUAAAUAAAAUCGGCCGAGGCUAUGCAGAUGAAUUAGAAGUGAGAAAAAUCGUUGAAAAAAUAAAAGAUCUCGAGAACAGAAUUGUACUUUUGAAACGUGAAAACUCUUCUGCGGUGGCGUCUUUACAACACAAAUCUAUAUUUCUAGAGCAACAGCUCAAUAUGAUGGAAGAUUUGAAACAAUCUCUGUCUACCCUGAAAUGCAAAAGAAACGAUGACAGUACGCAACUAAAGUCCAAAGAGAAUACGCAUAUAUUCGAUCACUUGUUACCGAAGCAAAAUCGACAGUGGCUCGUAGAAAGGCUUAUAAAACAAUGGAGUAACGCAAUAGUUAGCGGCCUAGAAGGAAAAUCUAUCAUUUCUAUUUUAAGCGUUGCUGAUAUGAAAGAAACAUUUUGUGACGAUCUGGGAAAGUUUGUCAUAGAUAAAUAUGGAAGAAAGUUAUACUCGUCAUAUAAUGAAGAGCUUUCGUUUUAUCAAGUAAACGAGAAAAACCAACUUGUCCCAAUGAGCGACGAUGAUAAACACGUUUACUUUUACGAUGAUUGUGGUAGAUAUUAUAUCAAUGAAAUUAAAAACCGUGUAUACAAAUCACACAAAGAUGCUAGCGAAUAUAUGCUUAAUUAUGACGGAGUCUUAGUAAAGACUAAGGAAAUUAGAAAUGGAAUAGCAUAUUACUAUGAUAGCCUAGGCCGAUAUUACUUGGAAGAAAAUGGAAGACAAGUAUACUUAGGAGAGGAUGGUGAAAAGUACGAGCAUGAUGGCCUCGGAAAUUUAAUCAAGAUUUAUUCCCACAUCUAUUAUGAGACGUGUCCAAGACCUCCAAUUGCUGUAGAAGAAACUAAAUAUCUACAACAAACUGUAGGAGUAGCUUUAAAAAAGUGCAUUGCUGAAGUUGUUCUCCGUCAACCGCAAGAUCCUAUUUUAUUUUUGGCGCAAAGUUUAGAAAAUUACCGAUUACAAGAACAAGAGCGACAAAGUCGGCGUGAAGAUGAGGUGGGAUUAAUGGCGGAGCGCAGGGAGCGCAUGCGCGACCUGGAAUCUCUCCCUACGUUCCCUUGCCCUGAAGGAGAGUCCAAUGAUGAAGACUACAAUUUGCUAACGUACAAUACAUCGUUCUUUUAAAUAUUGCCGAACUGGCUUCGCGCGUUACUUGAGCGCAGUGAGGUGUCAGACGCCGCACACUGUGAUCCAGGCGCAAUAAUGCGAGUGUCGUCGACGCGUCGACGCGCGUCGCAAGGCGUUGUAGUUGAAUAACAGGAUGCGACGUAGUAGUGGCAACCCCAGUGGUAGUGACGGGUAGUUGUAAACGCCCAUUAUACAAUAUUUUAGAUACGAAUAAAGUAGUACCAAAGUUUUUAAAGAAAAUUCGU